CUAUGUGACAUAACCUCAAAUUAUUAAGUCAAUAAGUGACAAAUCAAUUUAAGGUGUGAAAAAUGUCCCAUUUAAAUGAUAUCGCUUGGCAAGAAGCCAAAGACUUAUUUAAAACCUGGCGAGAUAAUAACGAACGUAAAAGCGAAGAUGUUGUGUACAUUUGGAAAGCUGUGCUUGAAUAUAACUUGAAUAAGCUUGGAAAAGAAAAGCAACAAAUUAUUGAACAAACUUGUAUUGGAGCUUUGGAUUGUUUUCGAUUAGAUGUUGCUGACACUUGCGUUCGGCUUUUAAAUAAGGAAUUUCCUUACAGCUUAAGGGUCCAAAAAUAUAAAGCAAUGAUUUACGAAGCUCAGGAGAAGUAUGGGGAGGCUAUUGAAGUUUUAGAAGAUAUCAUUAAAGCUGAUAAAACGAAUAGUGGAGCUCGUAAACGCAUCGUUGCUAUUUAUAAAGCCCAAGGAAAAAAUGUUGAAGCCAUUAAAGAAUUAACUGAAUAUUUAAGAAUUUUCAUGACUGAUACAGAAGCUUGGCAAGAACUAAGUGAGCUUUAUUUAUCAGAACAAGAUUUCCCCAAAGCUGCUUUUUGCGUUGAAGAAUUAAUUUUGCAUAACCCUCAUAAUCAUUUGCUUCAUCAACGAUAUGCAGAUAUAAAAUACACUCAGGGUGGCCAAGAAAACAUCGAAUUAGCGCGAGCUUAUUAUUGCCAAGCUUUAAAACUUAAUCCAAAUAACAUGCGGGCUUUAUACGGGUUAUAUUUGGCAUGUUGUAACAUUGCUAAUUCGCAAAAAUCAACAGCUGGGAAAAAAAAGGAGGCUAAUUCGCUAUCAGAAUGGGCUUUAACUGAAAUUAAACAAAAAUAUAAAGAAAAACGAAUGAAAAGUUUAGAAAAUUGUAUAGCAGCUUUACAAAUAAAUUAAAAGAAAUAAAAAUGUCUACAAAAAAUUUAAGUUAUAUUUUGGUUUCUAAAUAUUGUGUAACCGUAUUUUAACCGCAUCUCUCUUGAGUUGUAAUAAAAAAUGAAAUUAGAAUAAUUAUACUAAA